GUAUUGGACAAGCAUCAUCAUGCCUUCGGCUACGGAAGCCAUGUCCUUGGUUCCACUCAGCUAGCUGAAUUCACUAUUGAGACAGGAGACAAUCAUCCAGUCUCAACACCUCCUUAUCACGCCUCACCACUGGCCCGACAGACCAUUGAUCAAACUCUGUGUGAACUCCUUGAGGAUGGGAUCAUUGAAGAGUCUGACUCUCCUUGGGCUUCCCCAGCCAUCCUCGUUCGACAGAAAGGGAAGGAUCGCUUC